AGGCAACCUUAAUGCUACUUUUUCUGAGCAACUGCCACCCAACGAACUGUACACCAACCGGGAUUUAAUUUAUGGGGAAAGAAGACUAUUGAGAUUCCUUUACGUACCUUUGUUUGUUGUUUAUUUUUCUAUUCCCGAUUUUGCGUAGGAUAAAAUGAUUUUUUUGCGUUACAUUAUCAUAUCCAACGGUUGUAUUAAUUUAUGUUCUUUUCUCUGAAAUUUCAUUCGGAUUAUUUUAGUCGUACCUCUAUAUUCCUUCUAAAUUAUUGCAACAAUACGUUACCUCGAAAUCGAUAAAGCGAACAAGAAAUAAACUUUUUCUAGCAGGAAAAUUCAGACUGUCUAGUCAUUUUUGGACUAGUUGUCUUUCGCAGUAGUGAUUGGUUAACAGCAUGAGGCAUUUAAAAUUUGUACUUGUGUUGGCCAUCGCGGCCAACAUUUGGGAAUGUGGUGAUGCGAAAUUCGGCGAAAAAGGAGAAAUUAGUCCAAGGAGGAGGAGAUGUUACGAUGGAAGUCUGCCGAAGCGACUGAAGAAAAGAGAGAGAAAACUGUCAUUGGACGGCAGCAGCAGCGGAGAAGUUUGCCACCGGCUGUACCCUCGUGUGUCCUGUUGCCCGACCAGGAGAGCUGCUUACCAAAUUCUUCAUCGACGAGAUUCCAGGAUCUUCUCCACCAAUAACACGGAAUGUUCCAGGCUGCUGGAGGAAAUCAAGUGUGCCCGGUGUUCACCUCAUGCCCAGGUGCUGUUCCACUCUCCCCAAACAGAUGCUGUGCCCCACAGAGAACCCGACUUGCCCAGGCUGUGCCACGAUUACUGCAGAGAGUUCUACUACACCUGCAGGGGUCACAUAUCAGAGCUGUUCCAAGCCGACGUGGAUGAGUUCUGCCAGUAUUACGGGGGGAAGGACGACGCACUGUGCUUCCCAGACUUUCACCGAAAGCAACCGCGAGGGCCGGACUCCAACUACUUGGGAGAGGAGAAAAUCGAAGAAAUCAACAGGAAACACAAACAAAACUGUUACUGCGCCCAGGAACUGCUGAGUGGUCUCCGUCACCCGGUGGCUGUGGUCCACUGCGGAGACGGCUCCCAGCGCCUCUUCGUCUUAGAGAAGGAGGGGUUCGUCCGCAUCUUGACCCACGACCUGGAGCUCCUCAAAGAGCCCUUCCUGGACAUCCACAAAUUGGUCCAGAGUGGUAUGAAGGUAGGACUGGGCGGGGAUGAAAGGGGUUUGCUAAGCCUUGCAUUCCACCCCAAUUAUAAGAAAAAUGGCAAGCUUUAUGUUUCCUACACAACCAACCAGGAACGCUGGGCGAUUGGACCGCACGACCACAUACUCCGUGUGGUAGAGUUCACCGUCUCCAGGAAAAACCCCAAUCAGGUGGACACUAGGACCACGCGGGUCCUAAUGGAGGUGGCAGAGCUGCACAGGAAACACCUCGGAGGGCAACUGCUGUUUGGACCCGACGGGCUCCUGCACAUUUUCCUGGGGGACGGCAUGAUCACGCUGGACGACAUGGAAGAGAUGGACGGGCUGAGUGAUUUCACAGGAUCAGCGCUGAGGGUAGACGUGGACACGGACAGCUGCUCGGCCCCGUACUCGAUACCCAAGAACAACCCGUACUUCAACAGCACCAACCAGCCACCAGAACUUUUCGCCCAUGGACUUCACGACCCAGGCAGGUGCGCAGUGGAUCGGCACCAAACGAACAACAACGGUAGUCUACUGAUAAUGUGUACAGAUUCCACUGGAAGGAACACGUCGACGGGAAGAAUUCUGCAGAUCGUGAAGGGGAGAGAUUAUGAAAAUGAACCGUCCAUUUUUGACCUGAGGUCUACGGGAUCCUCGGCUCCUGUCGGUGGAUUCGUUUAUAGAGGCUGUCAAUCCAGACGGCUGUACGGAAGUUACGUAUUCGGGAACAAAAAUGGGAACUUGUGGAUCCUUCAGAAACCAACAGCAGAUAAACCAUGGCAAGAAAAGGCCCUGUGCUUGGGAGGCACCAGUUCCUGUGGCUCUUCUUUGGCCGGCCAGAUCCUGGGCUUUGGUGAAGAUGAACAAGGUGAGGUCUACAUUUUGGCAUCCAGUAAAACCUUGUCAGCGCAGGCACACAGCGGUAAGCUCUACAAGCUGGUGGACCCCAAAAGGCCCCAGGUCCCUAAGGAAUGUCGCAGGCAGGUGGAGGCCCCAGAGAUGCUGAGCACAGCUUGCUCACGGCAGUGCAAGAACGGCCACUGCACCCCAACCGGGAAGUGUUGCUGCAGCCCAGGCUGGGAGGGACCCUUCUGUAGAAUUGCCAAGUGUGAGCCCGCCUGUCGUAACGGCGGAGUCUGCAUGGAGCCCAACAAGUGUCUCUGCAAGAGCGGCUUCUCCGGAGCCCAGUGCGAGAAAGGCGAACGAGGAGCUAAGGGCGACCAGGAAAAAGACGGAAUCCUGGACCACAUCAUCGAUAUGACCUCUUACCUGCUAGACCUCACCUCUUACAUUGUAUAGGGACAGAGAGCGAGAGAGAAAGCGUGAGAGAGAGAGAGAGAGAGAGAAAGAGAGAGAGAGAGAGAGAGAGAGAGAGAGUGAAAGAGAGUGUGGGGUUGUCUAAUCUGCUCCCCCAUGAGUAGACUGAACUCAAAGGAGACCGGAGGCUUUUAGCCUUUGGCCAGCAAAACCCUUAUCAAACCUCCAUCUGACCAGCACCCGAUUCUCCAAUCUACCUGUCUGCUCUGGUCUUAUGAGCUCCACGCCUCUGUUCUCUGAAGGCCUCCCUGUGACCCCCCCAACACCCCACUCCACCCCCCAACCGAUCGCCUCAGAACACACACACACACACACUCACACACACACACACACACUUACGGACAGCCAUGCCGUGAAAACCUUCUCCCAUGGUUGGAGAGAUGGUUGUUGCAUUCCGUGACAGGACUGGGUAGGACUUGAUGGUAUUCCAGAAAAAUUCGAGGGAUGUUCCUCUUCCUCAGUGUGUGGGUUGGUGGGUAGACUCUGUUCCAGUGCCCAGUGGCCCUGCAGUACACACUGUCAGCCCAGACACUGAGAUCUUCCUCAGACCAUUUAUUCACUCUCGACACGCGGGCAACCUCCAGUUGGACAUCCAGGUUGGAAAUCUGAAUACCCAACCAGACCUAACGGAAAGAUAUCAUUCCUCCAAGUUCAGACUUUUGAAGUGAACCUACACCACACAACACACAUGGCUCACUUGCAGUUUGUUAGGGGGGGGGGGAAUCUCUGAAAGGCCAGUCCAGCGAACUGAACCAUUGGAUGCCCAGGUGUGCCCAGGAUUCAGGGUCCUAAAUACUAGCAGCGAGCCUUAAUCUUCAAGUACAGGAAGAAAAAAAAACAACUAAAAACGAAACAUAACUGAACGUACCAAUAUGACCUUGACAAUGCCAGGUUGUUCCAACCUUGAGGGCUCCAAUGUCCAGAGUUUUAAAUAAUGUAUACAUGUAUAAUAUAUCUGGUCACUGUUGUUGAGGAUCUUAGAGCCUGUGAAGGAACAGGGAAAGCUUUCUACUUAAAAUCGUUGUUCCACAAAAUUUUGCCAAAACCGUCAGGCAUAUUGCUACAAAAGUUCCCGUCAGAAUAAAAAGGCCUAAUGGGCAGUCCGUUAGAAGCCUAGUCAAAGCUCUAGAAGAAGGAAAAUCCUCAGACACGAUGAAGCUUUUUGAGCGAUUUGAGCGGGUGAGUCCGUGUACUCAUCUAGUCGAGUUAGCGCACGCCGCGGCCUCUAAUCCACAGCGUGCGUGUGCUCUCUUUUUUUUUUUUUUUUUU